AUGGAGCCCGCGCCGGGCUCCGCUCAGGGCUUGGAACGCCUAGGACCACUAAUCCAGCAUUAUGCGGAGAUUCGGGCUCUAAAGCUUGGAUCAGCUGUCGCGGUGCGCCUGGCGCCUGGCCUGACGAAGGCGCAGGCAGACGGUGUGGCCAAGGAGGCGGCGGCGGCCCUGCAACAGGGUGGUGAUAGCGGCGUAGCCCCUGACUUCCUGGAGUUGAUGCAGCAGCUGCAGCAGCAGCAGCAGCAGCAGCAGCAGCCACCGCCCCUGCGCCGCAAGCUGCACCUGGCUCUGCGGCACGACUGCAUGAGCAGCGGCUGCUCAGAUGCCACGUGCGCGCUCUGCCAGUUUGACCCCAGCCGCAUGUGCAAGCGCGACCUCAGGCAGAAGUACAUCAUAGACGACCCCCUCAAGGCCAAGUGCAACGCGGCGCUGCGCAUCGAGGUGGUGGACGAGACUGGAGAGCUGUUUGACAAGCCUCUGCCUGGUGGUGUGCAGCUCGAGGUCCACAUGCUCAAUGGCGAGCGCUACAACGAGCUCUGCGCCGCCGCCGGCCCGCGGCCCUCCCCAGACGAGCUGCGCGACUGCGUGCUGGCGCCGCCGUCGGACCAGCGGCCACUGCUGCGGCGGGAUGGCGGCGCGAACGUGGCCGAGGACGGGCGCAUCAUUCUGACCCUGCAGGGUGGCUGCGCCCUGCUGUCUGACCUGCGGGUCACCACCUCCAGCGAGGCGUUCCUGCUGGGCAAGGCGCCCACCUUCCGCCUGCUGGUCUGGGCGGCGCGCGGCGGCGGCGCCCACGAUCCCGCGGUCGACUACAUUGUGAGCGAGGACUUUGUGGUCGCCACCAAGCGCGUCAAGCACGCGAUAAAGAGCGACAUCCCCUGCGUCACGGACCACGUCAGCAAGCUGGUGCACAUAGGGAAGGCAACAGUGGAGAAGCUCAUGGACCUCACGAGGGCCGCGGACGAGGAGAAUAUGGACUUUCGGCUCCCAGAGGGCGUCGCGUGCCCAAUAGAGACCAUAGGCCAGUUCCAGCGGCUGGUGGACGCCGCGGGAGAGAGCACUGAGCUGCGCAACAAGGUCCGCCACCUGCUCAAGCUUUCCCCAGACAAAUGGGACGCGGUGUGCGACCACGCGCUCGGCGCCGUCGCGCCGGACUUCCGCCCGCGCGUCUGGUGGCCGCCCGGCCCCGCCGCCGCCGGCGGCCUGCUGUUUGCCGCCCGCCGCGGCGCUCUCAUCACCGACCAGCCGAUCGCGUUUGUCGCCCGUGGCGGCGGCGGCGGCGACGUGGUCAAGCGGCUCGGCCACCUCGCGCCUGAUGAACUCGAGCUCAUGCCUGAGCUGCGGCAGCAGGCGCUGAGGGCGUGGCGCGAGCCGGGCCACCCCGGCUGGGCGGUGUACUGGCGGGACGCGGCGGACCCCCUGGGCCUGCAGAUGGAGGGAUUGAACAGCAGCGGCGCCCCGCUGCCGCUCGCGUCGCUUGGGGCGCCGCCGCCGGGCGCGGCGGGGGGAACGCCCAGGGCCGCCGCGGCCGCGGCAGCUGCCGCCGCCGCCGCCGCUGCAGCGGUGGGCACGCCCCGCACGCUGCGCGCGGCGGGGGCGGCGGCGGCGGCGGCGGUUGCGGCGGCAGCGGCGGCGGCCGGUGCGAUCGGGACACCCAAGUAUGUCGAGCGGCCCAAGAGCGCGAGCAAGCGCCAGCGGCACAGCAGCGAGUCCAGCGGGCACGCCCCCGUGGCGCAGCACCGGCUGGCGAGCCCGCCCAUGUCGCCCGCAGAGGCCACCAGGGCCGUCCAGGCCCUCCUCAAGGGGCCGGGGUCGCCCUCGGUUGCCGUGCUGAUGCAGCAGCAGCAGCAGCAGCAGCAGCAGCAGCAGCAGCAGCAGCAGGAGCAGGAGGAGCAGCAGCUGAUGUUUGCCGAUGGCGCGUUUGCCAUGCAGCAGCAGCAUGCUGCGCUGGCGGCAGGCAUGCUGGGGGCCAUUCCAGGCUGUCCCCAGCUGCUGCCUGCCAGCGAGUUCUGCCUGAAUCUCAUGCCUGGGCCCCUCGGCAGCCCCGGCGGUUGGGCGCUGCCAGCGGUCGCCACGGGCUCGCCGCUUGCUGGCGGCGUCGCCGCGUUGCCCGGCGGCGCGGCGUCGCCGUUCGCGUCGGACGCGGUGCAGCUCGGCCCCUUCCCCAUGGGUGCGUUCUCCGGGUGGGGCCCGGCCGCGCCGCCGCCGCUGCCGCUGCCCCGCCUGCCGCCAGCCACGCCCGCGCAGCAGUGGGCCGUCGACGGGUACCAGCAGCAGCAGCAGCAGCAGCAGCAGCAGCAGCAGCAGCAGCCGGCGGCCAGGCAGGGUGCUGGCAAGGACCUUUUCAUGACGCCGUUCGAGGCACUGGAGGCCGGGCGGCUGCCGCCCCUCUUCUCAGGCCUGGAUGAGCUGCCCUUCUUCAAUGCGUUCGAGCCGCCGCGCGGCGGCCCCGCCGGCGGGCAGCUGCCAGGCGGCUUUGGCAGCGCCGCCAAUGGCUUUGUCGGGGGGGCGGGGGGCGCCAUGGGCGAGCAGGAGCAGGAGCAGGAGCAGCAGGAGCUGUUGAUUGGGGCAGGCGGCGGCCCCUUGGGCGCUGACGGGUGCACACGCGUGCUCAGCCUCAGGUUGGGGGCCAGCUUGGGCCUGGGAGAGUAUGCGCCCACGUACUACAACAAAAAAUGA